UUCAAAGGAAGCAAGCAAAAGGCUGCCGCCACAUCCAAGAUCCAGCUUCCUCCAUCAAGGCACGAGUAAUUUGUAGUUUUCCUCAAGGCCGAAGCAGCCAUGGAUGGAGGUGACUCCGUGAUUCAAGAAAGCAACCAUGGCAGCUCGGAUUCCCCUUUAAAAGCUCCCACCUUCCUCAUUAAUGAUGCUCUGUAGCGUACGUCCCUCGUAAAGCAAAGCUAUGCACGGCCAUGGUGGACUGGUUUAGUGCCCAUUGAGGAACACUUGCUUCGUCUUCCUGUUCGUCUUCUACUGCUUCAGGAGCUCUUAGCUUGCUCUAGGAAUUAAUGCGUCUCAAAAGCAUGCUUCUGCUAUUUAAAUUCGGCAGGCGGAGAAGGAAAGGAGAGGCCGAAGAGCCGCCUCUGUUUGAUGCCCAAGCACUGAAAGCGCCAGCUUGGAGAUGCUUCUCCUACGAGGAGGUCCACAGAGCCACCAAUGGCUUUAACCAAGCAGACAAUCUGGUGGGGAGAGGAGGCCACGCGGAGGUGUACAGGGGAGUGCUGGAGGACGGACAUGCGAUCGCGGUGAAGACGAUGGCCAGAGCUUCGUCGGAAGAGCAGAAAGAGAAGGACUUCUUAACAGAGCUGGGCACCGUCGGCCACGUCCGCCAUGCCAACGUCUCCCCCCUCAUCGGUUGCUGCAUCGAGCGCGGCUUCCACUUGAUCUUCGAGUUCGCCUCCAAUGGCUCCGUCUCCUCCAACCUCCACGAUGAGAGCAGACCUCCCAUGGAGUGGAAGCUGAGGUACGACAUUGCUCUAGGAACUGCAAGGGGACUGCAUUACCUGCACAAAGGGUGCCAGAGAAGGAUCAUCCAUAGAGACAUCAAGGCCACCAAUAUACUCCUCACUCAUAAUUUUCAGCCCCAAAUAUCCGAUUUCGGGCUCGCGAAAUGGCUUCCAUCGGAGUGGAUUCAUCGCACCGUGAAACCCAUAGAAGGCACAUUUGGGUGCUUGGCGCCGGAGUAUUUCAUGCAUGGGAUAGUGCAUGAGAAGACUGAUGUCUUUGCAUUUGGUGUCUUCCUCUUGGAGAUUAUAUCGGCGAGGAAUCCGGUCGACGGAUCUCACAUGAGCUUGGUCAGUUGGGCAAAGCCUUAUCUAAGAGAUGGCUCAAUAAGAAUGCUGGUGGAUUCAAGAUUAGGAGAUCAUUACGACUGCGAGCAGCUACACAAGCUCGCUUUCGCCGCAUCCCUCUGCAUCAUACCGGCACCAACAUCUCGUCCUUCGAUGACCGAGGUACUGAACAUAAUCGAAGGCAAAGAGAUGGUGCAGGAUCAGUUGAAGUUGCCAGGUGAGGAUGAGGAGAAAGAAGAACUUUGGGACUUUGACGAUUUGGACUACUCCGAUGAAGAAUCCAAUACCUCGUCGUCAUCGACCAUCGGAAGCUCACGUUCAUGACUAGCCAAGUGAAGGUGCAGGAAUGUACUGUCAACCAAGCAUCUUCUCUGAUCCUAUUUCUUGAGGAACAAGCAUCAUUGAGAUCGCUAGAUAGGUUUGGAGACUAUUCUAUUACCACUUGAUGGAAUUAAUACCAUCAAUACGCAUAAUUUUCGAUGAAGACUGAUGCCUAUAGACUGCAAGAACCCCUUUUUUUUCAUAACUAACGGUGAGAUCAAUCACACAAAUAAAAG